AUGGACGGACAGGCCUCUACGUCCUCAGGCGAUAUGGAUCAACGAAGAAAAGAUGCUUUGAAUAGCUAUCGUGAGAAAAUGCGUAAUCACGAGAAUAUUAGCAACAGUCUCAAGAAUCUCCGAUUUUCAUUGAAGGAUUUGGAGAAAGACUUUGCAAAGACAGAAGACCACAUCAAAGCAGUUCAGUCUGUAGGACAAAUCAUCGGGGAAGUUAUGAAACAACUAGACGACGAGCGAUUCAUUGUCAAAGCAUCGUCAGGACCACGAUACGUUGUAUCGUACCGCCCAGCUCUACCUGUAGCCAAGUUGAAAGCAGGAACACGAGUUUCUCUUGAUAUGACCACCUUGACAAUCAUGCGCAUUCUCCCACGAGAGGUAGACCCACUAGUGUACAAAAUGAGCUUGGAAGACCCCGGAGGUGCUACCUUUGCUGGUAUAGGAGGUCUUGGAGAGCAAGUUCGUGAGCUGCGUGAGGUCAUAGAGCUCCCCCUCCUGAACCCAGAGUUGUUCACGCGUGUUGGUAUAAAGGCACCCAAGGGAGUACUAUUAUAUGGUCCUCCAGGUACUGGUAAAACCCUUCUAGCGAGGGCAGUUGCAGCCACCUUGCACACAAAUUUCCUCAAAGUUGUAUCCUCUGCGAUAGUAGAUAAGUACAUCGGCGAGAGUGCUCGGGUAGUCCGCGAAAUGUUUGGCUACGCUCGUGAUCACGAACCUUGCGUCAUAUUCAUGGAUGAGAUCGACGCCAUUGGCGGUCGUCGAUUUUCGGAAGGUACUAGCGCUGAUCGAGAAAUCCAGCGUACUCUGAUGGAACUUCUGAACCAAAUGGAUGGCUUUGACGCUCUAGGUAAAACGAAACUCAUUAUGGCAACCAAUAGGCCCGAUACGUUAGACCCCGCCCUCUUGCGUCCUGGUCGAUUGGAUCGUAAGAUUGAAAUUCCACUGCCCAACGAGCAGGCACGAUUGGAGAUUCUGAAAAUUCAUGCUGCACCGGUCAACAAAGGCGGUGAAAUUGACUACGAAGCUAUCGUUAAACUGUCGGAUGCUUUUAACGGAGCAGAUUUACGCAAUGUUGUUACCGAAGCUGGUAUGUUUGCUAUUAGAGAUGAUAGGGAGUACGUCAACCAGGAGGACCUUACAAAAGCUGCUCGUAAGGUUGGAGAGGCGAAGAAACAUGAGGGCAAGUUGGAGUACUCUGCAUAG